CAGUGCUGGACUAGCACACUUGCUCGCUCUCAGGCUCCAGAGCCUCUUGGUGCAGCGCAGCGCUGUGCGGCACCCACGGACACAUGGCCGGAGCACGGGGCUGGGGGCCGGCCUUGUGGCUCCCGAAACCCCGGACGUGGACGCUGCGGGGUGUGAAGGGCACCCGAUGCGACCUGCCGCGCUGGAAUCCAGAAACUGAGGCCAAACAAGCAUGUGAAUGGCUCCGAGCGACAGGAUUCCCUCAGUAUGCUCAGCUUUUUGAAGAAGGCUCGUUUCCCCUGGAUAUUGGCUCUGUGAAGAAGGACCACAGUUUUCUGGACGAGGACUCUCUGGGGGCCCUGUGCAGGAGGCUGAUGACCUUGAAUAAUUGUGCCUCGAUGAAACUGGAGGUUCAUUUUCAAUGCAAGCAGAAUGAAGACUCAGAAGAGGAAGAGCAGUGCACCAUCAGCACUCAUUGGGCCUUUCAGCCAGAAAGCAAGCGGUGGUCACGCGUGGGUUCCUCUGACCUACUGGCUCCACCGAGCCCUAGCCUUCCAGUGACCUCAAGCUGUGAGAGUGUCCUCACUGAACUUAGCGCCACCUCCCUGCCAGCCAUCACUGUGAGCCUGCCACCCGAGCCAGUGCACCUGCCUUUGGUAGACCAUGUCCCUAGCACUAAUGACCUGACCCUCCUCAGCCCCACCCAGGGCCAGAAGGUUCCCCAGGAGAAAAGCAAGAAACAACGUUCCCGAAGCUUUCUCAAGUACCUUGAGUCUCUGAGGCGGAAGGAAAAGGGUGACAGCCGGCAAACAGGGCCUGAGCAUAGCCCCACCACUUCAGAGAGGGCCCCCAAAGCCUCAUCUUUCCGCAGUUGCCGUGGCUUCCUCUCAGCUGGAUUUUAUAGGGCCAAGAACUGGGCAUCCACCUCAGGUAGUGGCAGUAAUGGUGGGACUCGAGAGGUUUGGCCUGUGGCCACGUACCGGCAUCCUCAGCAGGUACACCGGGGUAACUACCUGGUGCAUGUGCCUGGGGACCAUAAACCAGGCACAUUCCCUCGCUCUCUGUCCAUUGAGAGCCUGUGUCCAGAGGAUGGACACCGCCUGGCAGACUGGCAGCCAGCUAGGCGCUGGGGCUAUGAAGGCCGCCGGGGUUCCUGUGGCUCAACAGGCAGCCAUGCCAGCACCUAUGACAACAUGCCUGAGCUGUACCCAGCUGAGCCUAUACUGGCUAGGGCUGAGCCUGAAGAUGAGGAGGAAGGUGGGGGCAGCUAUGCCCACCUGGAUGACAUCCUCCAGCAUGUGUGGGGGCUGCAGCAACGGGUUGAGCUCUGGUCCCAGGCCAUGUACCCAGAACUGGAGCCUGGAGAUAAGGAAGAGGAAGAGGAGGAGGAAGAAGAGGAGGAGGCUACUUCAUCAGUAGAAAUAGCCACAGCUGAAGUCAAAGGACAGGCUGAGACUAUGGCCCAGGCAGAAACUCCAACCCUUGGAGAGUCCCUCUCCUGGAUCCAGGCCAAAGUCCAGCCAGUAGGACCAGCUCAGGCCCCAGAUGAGGUCGAAUCAUUGGCACAGGUAGAAGCUGAGGCCCCAGCCUGGGUCCAGGACAGUGAGCAAGAGGUGAACUCAGGUGGGGAACCCACCUCUGCUUCCAGUCUGUCUGUAGAAGGACACUCCAUUUCUGACACUGGGGCCUCUUCCACUGAACUUGAUAGUAGUGGGAACUCCACGAAUGAGACGGAGGCUGCAGGGUCUCUGGUGGGACUCCAGGCACCAGUGCCCCGUGAACGGCGUGAUUCAGGCGUUGGGGCCUCACUUACCAGACCCUGCAGGAAGCUCCGUUGGCACAGCUUCCAGAAUUCCCACCGGCCCAGCCUCAACUCGGAGUCGCUGGAGAUCAAUAGGCAGUUUGCCGGCCAGAUCAACCUCCUGCACAAGGGCUCACUGUUGCGGCUCACCGCCUUCAUGGAGAAGUACACUGUGCCCCACAAACAAGGCUGGGUCUGGUCAAUGCCCAAGUUCAUGAAAAGGAAUAAGACGCCAGACUAUAAGGGACAGCAUGUAUUUGGGGUACCACCCCUUAUCCAUGUUCAGCGCACAGGCCAGCCCCUGCCACAAAGUAUUCAGCAAGCUAUGCGCUAUUUGCGCAGCCAGUGCCUGGACCAGGUGGGCAUCUUCCGCAAGUCUGGGGUCAAGUCCAGGAUCCAGAACCUGCGCCAAAUGAAUGAGAGCUCCCCUGACAAUGUCUGCUAUGAGGGCCAGUCUGCUUAUGAUGUCGCUGACCUCCUGAAGCAAUAUUUCCGGGAUCUGCCUGAGCCCAUCUUCACCAGCAAGCUCACCACCACUUUCCUGCAGAUCUAUCAGCUCCUCCCCAAGGAUCAGUGGUUGGCAGCAGCACAAGCUGCCACCUUGCUGCUCCCCGAUGAGAACCGAGAAGUGCUACAGACACUGCUUUACUUCCUAAGUGACAUUGCCUCGGCCGAGGAAAAUCAGAUGACAGCUGGCAACCUGGCAGUGUGCCUGGCACCCUCCAUCUUCCACCUCAACGUCUCCAAAAAGGAUAGCCCCUCACCCAGGAUCAAGAGCAAACGCAGCCUGGUUGGUCGGCCAGGUCCUAGGGACCUGAGUGAAAAUAUGGCUGCCACCCAGGGCCUAUCACACAUGAUCAGUGACUGCAAGAAACUUUUCCAAGUGCCCCAGGACAUGGUGGUGCAACUGUGUGGCUCCUACAGUGCAGCUGAGCUUAGCCCUCCCGGCCCAGCCCUGGCUGAGCUCCGUCGAGCUCAGGCCGCAGGAGUGAGCCUGAGCCUCUACAUGGAGGAGAGUGUGCAGGAGCUGCUGCGGGAUGCUGCUGAGCGCUUCAAGGGCUGGGUGAGCGUGCCAGGACCCCAGCGCACAGAACUGGCUUGCAGGAAGGCACCAGACGGGCACCCGUUGCGUAUGUGGAAGGCGUCCACAGAGGUGGCAGCCCCUCCAGCUGUAGUGCUACAUCGUGUCCUACGGGAGCGGGCCCUUUGGGAUGAGGACCUACUUCGAGCCCAGGUGCUGGAAGCCUUGAUGCCAGGGGUGGAGCUGUACCACUACGUCACCGACAGCAUGGCACCCCAUCCUUGCCGUGACUUCGUGGUGCUCCGAAUGUGGCGCUCUGACCUGCCUCGUGGGGGCUGCCUGCUUGUCUCCCAGUCCCUGGAUCCUGAACAACCUGUGCCGGAGUCAGGGGUGCGGGCUCUCAUGCUCACCUCCCAGUACCUCAUGGAACCUUGUGGCCUGGGACGCUCGCGCCUCACUCACAUCUGCCGUGCUGACCUCAGGGGCCGUUCUCCUGACUGGUACAACAAAGUCUUUGGGCACCUCUGUGCUAUGGAAGUGGCAAAGAUCCGGGAUUCCUUCCCCACGCUGCAGGCAGCUGGCCCUGAGACAAAGUUGUGAGGCUUAGGCCAGCAUGGCCCAGGCCCCCUGUCACCAAGGAAGUGAAAGGGAAUAAGAACAGACCCCCCCCCCCUCGCCCAGGCUGCAGCCAGCAGCAGAGUUAGGCCCAGGUGGCUCUGGCUGCCCUGCUGCCUUACUUCCUAAAGUGCCUCUGCAUGCACAGGCCAGGGUGGGGUGGGGAGGGUUUAGGUGUCCCCCUCCACUCUAUCUUCAUGCCCAGCACUGCAUUCUGCUCUCCCAAGAGAAGACAAUCAUGUUAGUAGCAGGAAGACUGCUGCUGUCCAUCACCUGCCCAGUAAGCCACAACAGUCCCCUACCUGAAGGGAGAAAGAGGUCAAGAGCACUUAUGGUCCCAGCUCUCUGCCAGACUGAGAGACCAAGCCAUCCUGUUUGGUGCUAGGAUCCUUUUGAGGUUGGACAGGAGGUUCUGGUCCUGCCUUUGGGGUCAACAUUGGCCCUAAACUGGCCAUUCCAGAAAUGGAACUAGAACAUAUAGGCAGAGGGGAAGAGCAUGGGACAGCCCCAACCACCAUAAGUUGUUUGAUUUAUGUAAAUACGAUGCCAAUUUUUAUGAGGCUGAUUUAGAGUGGGCACUGACAGGCCCCUAGUAGGUGACAUGACGAUUUGGGAUAGCUUGAGACAUGAAGGUGAACAACCUUCCUUUCUCAAGUCUCAAGAGACCAAUGAACCAAUCUCCCUUGGCUUGGGCUCCACAUUUUAUCUGCCACUUCCUGGGGUCCCGGGUACCCUUUGACUGUGCACUGCCAUGUCUGCAGAGUAAACAAGUUCACUCCCACCACACAGGCCAAGUCAAAGUACUUAGUGGCAGAAAGACAAGUAUCUAUGUCCCCAUCACUUUUGCUUAUGGUAGUGGGCUAACAUAAUAGCCCUUUCUUGGGCCAGUGAGAUGGAAAGGCCCAUUUUAACCAGCUGGGGCUUUAUCCAAACCUCAUCAGUCCUACUCACUGGCCAGCUUUGCUCACAUGGAGAUCCAAUUGCCAUUCAAAGACCCACUGGUGCUUUAUUUUUCUUUCUGCUAAAUAAAUUGGAGUGGGAUGGGUCCCAGCCACCAUUGUAAUUUUUGAGCUUAUUUUAUUUGUACCUAUAAAUACUGUACAGUCAGAAUAUAUAUGUGUAUUUGUAUGUGUACAUAUAGAUACAUAUAUACAUAUAUAUGCACACACAUAUAUACAUGCAUAUAUAUAUAUAUAGUUUCUCCUAAAUGGGUUAUAAUCUCUAAGUGGGAGCAAGGGUCUGGAAGGUCUCAGGGCAGGACAGUUCCUAUGGGAGGGGAGAGGUGGAGAGCAGGGUACAGAAGAAUCCCUUGGCAGAACAAUAAAGCAUUACUAGAGAUGAA